CGCAUCUACACACAGCAACACAGAAGAAGACGAGGAAGCGCUUUUAUUUACUUCUGUUGUCACCUUAGAACUUAGGUUGUUGUUGUUUUUUUAUUUCAAGGAUCAUAUAUUACUUUUAAAUCACGACGGAAUCUGUUCUAAAGCUGAAAGAGCUCUUUGUGUUCCUCUGUUACUGAGGGCAGUGGCUAGCAGAUAAUAAUUCAUGGCAGAGGGCAGCAGCAAUCUGAGCAAUGCUCCUCCAGGAGACCCGCGGCUCAUCGCGCUCAUAGUGGAGCACCUAAAGAACAGAGGCCUGUUUGAUGAGUUCAGACGAGACUGUCUGGCAGACGUGGACACGAAGCCAGCUUAUCAAAAUCUGCGACAGAAGGUGGACAACUUUGUGUCCAAUCAUCUCAGUACUCAAGAAUGGAAUCCGUCCAUCAACAAGAACCAAGUGAGGAAUGGCUUGAGACAAAGCGUAAUUCAGUCAGGGAUGUUGGAAUCUGGGGUGGACCGUAUCAUUACUCAGGUGGUGGACCCUAAACUGAACCAUAUCUUCAGGCCACACAUCGAGGACGCCAUUCAUGAUUUCUUAGCCGCAGAGAAGAAAGAAGAGGGCGCGUCAAAUUCAGCCCCUGAUGCUGAACAACAGGAAACAACUAGCAACACAGCAGCCAAAACACAAUGAGGUACAAGGAUACAUUUUUUCUUUCACAUGAAGAUCGCCGAAAGUAGUCGUUCAGUGCUUGACUACAGUGGAUGAACGAUUGCUGAGCACUGGAAUAUUGGAAGUUUGCACUAAUUUGAGGUGGUUGGAUUGUUUUUAUUUUUUUGACAGUAUGUGUUUAGCAUGUUACAUAAAAGCAGGUUGUCCAGCCCUUGCUUUUGAUAUCUGGUUUAGUUCUCUCAGCACUACAGAACAACUGAAGCUGAUUUGUCUAAAGUAAAAUAAACGCAUCUCAAAAUAACAUUAAUAUGAAUUACAUAAUUGUUAGCUGGACUGAAGCCAGACUGAAAUGGCUCUUUUACACAGCUGGAUUUGUGAAAUGCUUUACAAUUUUUUCUUGCGAUAUUCUAAUGGGACUCAUAGCAACGUUUCUACAAUAAAUGUAACUUUUUAACAAAAGCCAAGUCUGGUUGCAUCAUUUUUGGUAUUGUAAAACCUCUGAAUUCUCUUGCAAGAGGUUAGUUUGUUGUGGGAAACAUGCUACAUAACAAUAUCCUCCUAGACUCCUUUUAGCGAUGGCAUUUUUGACAGGAGGUCUUCACCAGCAUUUUUAUGAUUCCAUCUGGACAUUAACUAGAGCGAGUACCCUCAAGAGUUCACCAUGUGCCGUACCACGCAGACACAGUGUUACGUGAUUGAAACCAUUUGGGGCUAAAAGCUUGUCGACCCCGAGACCGCAUUUAAAUCUCCAGCAGCCUCAUGGCAUGAACUUCCAGAGAAGAGCUUUUUGGUAAUAGAAGAGCCUCUAGAGAGGUGUCAUGUCCCGGCUUGGGACAAAGGUCGACUGCUCCAGCUUGUGUCUGUCUUUCAGCACCUCUGCUCUGAGAAUGUGCUGUACAGUCAGAUGCUCGGUCGGAUUGCUAAAGAGCUGCGGUCACGUGUCUUUUGACAUUCGCUGCUUGUUGCAGUAAAGCUCUUUGCCAGUAGGUAUUAGGCACUGUUUUACAAUUGUGUAUUAUAUAAGUUAUGAUUCUGUUGUAAAUGGUCCGUAAUGGGAUGCAUAGUACAUUGUUGGUAAUGUCACAUCCACAGACUUUGGAUUCUUAAUCGCUGUACUUGAUAGCAAAAUGUUCUCCAUAAUAGCCCAGGUGCAAGCUCAUAUUUCCAGCGCUGAUCUUGGCAGUGUUACCGCCAACUCUGUCCUGAACCCAGCGUCCACUCAUGCCUAUUAAGAUGCUUUGCUGUAGUUCCUCCCCAUCUGAUGAAAUCUGAUCCUGUUCUCAUUUGAAAGCCACAAUGGGAAUUGAGGGACUGUGCUGAGCUGUCAACAAGCUCCUAGUGGAGCCUACCAACCUUCCAAACCCAUGUGUUCUAUGUUUCUGAGAAGCGUAAGAUUAAGGCCAGUAGGGGGUGUGGUUUUACUGUGUUUGAUGAUGUU